UUUACCAGCUACGCAAGAUGCUGGGUUAAAUGUAACGGAACUAAUUCGAGCUUACUUCCUUCAAGGUUAUUCGAACUACGAAAUAUUGGGGUUUCUAGCUGCUGUUCACGGUGUGAACGAAGAAACGAAGCCCGACUUGAAGACAUAUUGUUGUUUUCAAAUGAACUCUUCUACGAGUCGUAGAAUUGCCAAGUUCUGAACUACUGAGGCAGAGAUCACGAGAUUUCCUAGCCUUCUGCGAUCUCGACUUGUUCCGUCAGUUAUCAAGAUGAAGCAAUUUACUUUCCUUAUCGUCGUCUUCCUCGCUAUUAUCCCACAAGGUAGUGGAUUGGCACCUUCUAAACCAGCAUCUAACGUAUCACUGUCGUGUUACGAAUGUAGUCCUGAGGGAAUGGGUUCAAACGGUACGGGUACUCCUUUGAUCAGCUGCAGCGCACCAAAACAAAAAAAAUGCGGUGAGUAUGCUCCAGGUAUGCCAUUUGACCGUUGUAUGACUGUCAAGAUAUCAGUCAAGAACCCAAUGACAGGGGCCCUUAUUCAACAAGAAUCCAGAAACUGUUCAGUGUCUUCGAUGAUGUGUUCUGGCAACAUGCUCUGUAACAGCAUGAACAGCACAGGAGAUAUCACUAAAUGUAAUGUUCAGUGCUGUGAAGGUAGUCUAUGUAACACGGACGUGCCUCAGACAACUCCUGUCCCUUCUCCAUCCGGUCCUAAAGGGGGUCAGACACCUUUAGCUGUUUCUGGCAUAUUAGCCAUCAUUAGCAUCGUCAUGGCUUUACUUUUCAAGUAGAUCUGCCAUCAUAGUUGACUGUUCGAGACUGUAGUCUAUCUAAGCGUCUACUGAUUUAUGUAGUUAGAACGUAAGGGACCAUCCUACUAUAGGUGGAUGUUUCUGGAAAUUUUUGAAGUAGAUCUGCCAUCUUUGACUGUAGUGUAUCUUAGUAUCUACUAAUUUAUGUAAUUCAGAAAGCAUACGUGGAAAUGAUUUUCCAAUUCGGAUUACAAUUAUCUAAAAAUUAUUGCACCAUCAAUUAAAUGGAUGACAAUAAAAUGGCAGUGAUUAGCAGAAAAUAGAAGUGUCUAAUAGGUUAUUACAAGAAACUUUUAUUCCUGGAGUCAGUGUUAGAAAUAAACUGAUUUUUGUGUGUAUAAA